AUGAAAAGAAAGAAUAGAUUGUUGAUGUUGAUGUCAAAGUUACUUUCUUUGUUUGCAAAGAAAAUUAUCUAUAUGAAUUUAAAUAAAACAGUGGGUGCUUUAUUAAGAUUUGUCAUGACUGAUAAUAAUACUAUUGAUGAAGUUGAAGAUCACGAUGAUGAUCAUCAGCUUAUUGACAAAAGUAAUAAUAACAAUAACAAUAAUAUAAAUAUAUUUCAAAUAAUAGAUACAUUGAAGAGAUCAAAUGAUAUUGGUGUUGUUAUCGCUAGAAUAGAUCAAUUAUCAAGUUUAAUAAGAGAUAGCAGUAACAACAACAACAACAACAAUAAUAUAAAAAAUUAUUCAUCCAUAUUGGAUGUAUUAAUUAAUGAUGUAUAUCCAAAUUGGUAUCAAGCACUUCCAGAUAAACAAAGAACACAAUUUCAAUUGUUGUUCCUACCUUUCAAUUCACCAAAUCUUUAUUUAGAUGCCUAUAUAUUUAUAACGUAUUAUCUCGAUUCAAAUAUCAACAACGAUAACAACAAUAGCAACAACAAUGAUCAACAAUUAUUAUUUAUUAUAAAUCUAUUAUCAAAUAAAUUAAAUUAUAAUCAUUUAUUUGAAUCUAUAAUAAUAAUAUCAAACAAUAACAAUAGCAAUAGCAAUAAUAAUAAUAAUAAUAAAAGUCAGAUAGAUCAAGUUGUAAUAUCAAUAGCUACAUUACCAGAUAGAAUUAGAAAUAUAUUAUUUAGAUUAAAAAAGAAUAGCAAUAAUAGUAGUAGUAGUAAAAGCAAUAAUAACAAUGAUUUAUAUGAUAGCUUUGAAUCAAUAUAUUUAGUUACAUAUAUCGAUGAGCUUCCAUUGAUAGUUAAACAACGAUCACUAUCAGCAGGGAAUGUUGAAUCUAAUUUAGUUGAUUUUCUAAGUGCAUUCCUAUCAAAAGUUAUAAAGAUUGGUUAUCAUGGUAUGGAGUAUCAAAUAGUUGGAAUAUUCAUACAAUCAUUAUUCAAUAAUCAAAAGUAUAUAGAUGUAAAGAUAAAGUUGAUUUCAAAUACACUUUUAUCUAUCUAUGGUAGUGGAUUAGAUAGAUUAUUAGAUACUUUAGUAAUUUAUUUACCUAAAUAUGUACAAAAUUAUCUUUUACAUUUAUUAUCUUCCAUUGAUAAUUCGAUUUUAAAGAUAUGUUUAAAUAAUAUAUUAAAGAGUUGGUCUGAUAGUUAUUAUAUUAGACAUUGUACAGUUGAACAUCAUUCAAGUUUAACAAGAUCAUUAAUUUACUUUUUAAAGAAUACUAGUGUGGAACAACUUGAAGAGUAUCAAGUGAAACCAUUGUUUUUAAAGGGUAUAGAUGUACAUUUAAAAUCAACCAUUCAAAAUGUAAAUAUCGAGGGAAUGCUGUUGGCAGAGGUAUUCUCUAGUUUCAUAAAGUCAGAGACACCAUUGUUAUUCGAUCAUCUCACCUCUCAAGAAAGAUCUUCAUUAAAUUUGGAUUUCAAUUUGAAUGAUGAUAAUAAUAAUAAUAGUACAACAGAAACAACAACAGAAACAACAGAAGCAACAACAAUCAUCAACAAAAAUAGCAACAAAAACAAGAAACAACAAGAAGAAGAAGAUAGAAAGAAAAAGAUACAAAUGAAAUUGGAGAAAGAGUUUAGUAAAUAUGAUGAUCCUGAUAUGAUUGUAGAGGAUAACGACGACGACGAUGAUGAAGAUGGCGAUAUUGAUAGUAUUACAAGAGUAACUGAGAUUGAUGAAUCAUCUGAUGGUAAACAAAUAUUAGAUAGUGACGAUGAUCUUAAACCCUAUAAUUUAGAAGAUGAUGAAUCAGAUUUGAAAGCUGUCAAAAAGAAAUUAUAUCUAAGAGAUUGUAUGAUGGAGUUUCAAACAAAUAAACAUACAGCAGAGUCGUGGGAGAGCGCUUUGAUAUCGAUUGCAUCUAUAGUUUGGUCGAAUCCCGAUGACUUGGAUGAACUGAGUGAGUCUGUAACCAAGUCGCUGUUGCACCUCACCAAUGAAUAUGGUGUGGAUAAUUUCGAGGUGGUUAGACACGAAGCGUUGGUUGCACUCGCUGUCAAUUCCACCAAAAUCGUUGUGAAAUACUUGACCGAUUGCUUCUAUCAGAACACCUUUAGUUUGGGACAGCGACUUGAGAUUCUCUCGGUGCUGACAGACGCAGCACAAGAGCUCUCUGGCUACAAAGAGGAGAAAGCCAAACAGAUGCAAGACCAACAGAAACAAAUCCAUGAAAAGCUCGCAAAGAACAAUCCAUUUAUUCUACAACAACAAAAUAAACAACAACAACAACAGCAAUCAAACAUACCAACUCAGUUUAUUGGAAUUACAAGACGUUGGGGUGUUCCGACCAGACCAAAACUUCAAGCGAAAACCAACGUAUUCCAUCAAUUGUCACCAAUGUUUUUCUAUCCAUUUUUAUCAAAAUAUGAUAAAGUUACACAAAGUUAUUCAAUAGAUUUGAAGGGAUUCGAUAUAUUCUUGUUAUGUAGGUUAAUACAUGCACUAGCUGUAUUUGUAGAGUGUUCUGGUAAUUCUCUUCACACGAAAGACAUGGCAAAGGAACUCUAUAAAUUUAUAUGGCCGCUUAGAUAUCAUACAGACAUAUCAGUUAGACGAGCAAUCAUAUUCAGUUUCUCAAGAAUAUUCUAUACCAUUUCCAAUGAUAUCAUCAAAAUCGACUAUCAAGAUGAAAUUGAAGAGUUAAGCUCAUGGUUAAUAGAUAUUGCAAAUAAUGAUGCUGAUAAGGAUUGUAGAGUAAUGUCAAUGGGUGUAUUAUCAAAGAUUUAUGAAUCUUUUCAUAAAUAA